AUGAAUUUACUGCACAGCCCUCAGAUGGGCUACAGUGACCGUGACGGAGCUGUCCCUGUCUACACUGCCACAGAGGUCAAGAGGAUGAUAGGGAUGAAGGUCACCUAUGAGAUUUGUGACAAUGUGGAAAGACCAGAGAGGAUCCAUCAGCGUCAGGAACUGAGAAAGCAGUCGCUGAGAGAAAUGUGUGCCGCUGAAGAGGCGUUUUCUGAGGGAAAGCGUGGUUUAGAUGACAUGAGCAACUGGGAGUUGGAGAACCUCAUUGUGGAUGACAACCACGGCAUCAUUUACUGUUACAUACCCAAGGUUGGGUGUACCAACUGGAAAAGGGUAUUUUUUGUGCUGAAGCAGGGUGAGCCUUAUCCUGAUCCCAUGUCCAUAGAAGGUGAAAUGGUACAUAUGCCCAACACGCUCCCUCUCCUAAACAGCUUCCCAAGAACAGAGAUGAAGGCAAAGCUGAAGCAUUACACCAAGUUCCUGUUUGUCAGGGACCCGUUUGUACGUCUCAUCUCUGCCUACCGAGAUAAGUUCCUGAUGAACAAUAAGUACUUCUAUGAAAACUUUGGCCGGAAAAUUCUGCGCCUGUAUGGCAACCAGCCUGCACCACAGUUAGCAGAAGAGGCAUUUGCAUCCGGCAUACAUCCCUCAUUUUACAACUUUAUUCAGUACCUGGUGGACCCGAGGACAGAGAUGAAGGAGCCUUUUGAACCCCACUGGAGGCAGAUGCACCGCCUGUGCCACCCCUGCCUCAUAAAGUAUGAUUUUGUUGGCCAUCAGGAAACUCUUCAGGAGGAUACUGAACACAUAUUAAAGACCUUAAUGCUGGAGGACGACAUUAAGUUCCCUCCUUCUUACGAAAACAUGACUUCCACUACUUCUGUGUUGGACUGGUUCAGAACAGUGCCACUAGAGGACAGGAGGAAGCUGUACAAGAUCUAUGAGAAGGACUUUAAGCUUUUUGGCUACAGAAAGCCAAGUGAAUUGCUUGAUGGUUGAGAUCAAGUCAUGAUUUGGACAACUUCACUUUUUUCUAUGCAGCCACUGAGCAUAUAGAAACUACAACAUUUACUUUUGAUCAAAGCGCAAUCACUAAGAUUUUAUGUACACAAAUCAUGACAAGGAUAUAACAAAUAUUUGACUAAAAAGGGGGAUAUGUAGUGUAAGAUUUACAUGGGUUUGUUGUUGCAUUUUUAUCUGUGAUCAACAUCCUUUCUGUUGCAGAUAGAUUGUUUGUAAUACAACAAGAGUGAACAUAAGUCAGACAUUCAAAGCCAUAAGCCUUAACAAGUGUAAAAAGUGUGAAAAUCAUUUGUCGUUAAAACUCUAAAAUUCUUGUAACUUUCAAAAAUGCAGUACAGAGGUUGAAACUUAAUUAUGUGGAAAUUGUGUGUUUGCAUAGUCUGUGAUCUCUAAAAAUUAGAUUCACUUACCCUCUUGUACAGUGGUGAAAAUAAGC